AUGAUUGACGUCUGCCAGUGGAGGGCCAGUAUUGGGAGUUGGAAUUGUUGUCAAGCAGCUACUGGUCCUCGCAGUCGUUAUGAAAGUGAUGGGGAGUCUUUACCUACAAGGAAUUGUACAUCUGGAAGGGACAAGGCUCCUGUUUUUCAAGCAUCAGCUGUAGAUCUAAUAUCAUUUAUUGUCUUUUUCAUUUUAUCACUCUGUGCAUCAAGACUCACUCCAACAGGUCACUGUAUCUCUUUCCAAUUGCUUGUUGAUGAUGAUAUCUCAGGCUGGCUUCAGCUUUAUGUGGGAGCUAGUAUUGUUGGUAGUUUUAACUUGUUCACAGUUUCAUUUCAUUUGUAUUUCUACUUCCUCUUGAUCCUCUUGUCAGGAGAUGUGGAACUCAAUCCUGGUCCUGAAACAGAUAAACCAGAUGCACCCAGUUUAUUAUGUUCUGCCUCUGCUGAGCUCACUCAACCCAUUUCAACUACUUUAUACACAGUAACUGAUUUACUACAUGCUAAAAGGCUUAUACCACUGGAUACCAAAAGGGAAAUGUAUUUUAAAGGAGAAACUAAUGAAAAGAAGGCUGGGAGGCUACUCAUUACAUUGGAAACAUUAUUGAAAGCAUCUCUUAAUCCAGAACAAUAUUUGAUCAAUGUUUGUUAUAUAUUAUUAAGUCAAAAACUUGAUGUACUAACGGAAAUUACUGUCCCUAUUUUAAAUCAGCUAGGUGAAUCUAUACCUGAUGAUCAUAAUAUCACAAUCAUUCUUCCACCUGAUGACGUUCAGAAAUAUGCUGAUGCUCUGAAGCAAAAGUACAAGGAUCAGCCAAUUGUAGCUACAGAAUGGCCACCACGAGUUGGAAAAGAUUUUUUUGGUAGAUUGACAUUAAUAGAAGGCCAAGACUUGGAUAAGAAAACUGCAGAUCAGAGGAAUUGGCACAUGCUAAGAGGUCAAAUUGAUGAAAUUCCUAACACUCUUGGGAGCAAAGGUACAAUAAAAAUUGAAAACUUAUUAAAAAUUGGAAGCUCUCAGAUUCCUAAAAUAUUGGUAGAUGGCCCUCCUGGGAUAGGUAAAACAACACUCUGCCGAAAGUUGUUGAAUAUGUGGUCAAAUGAAGUAUUUGACUGCCAGUAUGAUUUAGUGCUCUUCUGUCCUUUGAGAAAUAUCAAGGUAGCUAAGGCUAAGGAAUUAAAGGAUUUAUUUGUAUAUAGAACUACCUCUGAUAGAGAAAGAAAAGUAGUUGAGUGGAUGUCAGAGAAUGAAGGAAAGGGAGUAUUCAUAAUUUUUGAUGGUUGGGAUGAACUUAGUGAUAAACUCAAAAAAUCAUCACUGGCUGCUUCUAUCAUUCGUAAUGAAAUGCUAGCUUUUUGUUCAGUAGUAGUGACUUCUCGUAGCUAUGCCUCAGCAUCACUUUCAGCAUUACCUUCUAUCAAUAGAUACAUUCAGAUUAUUGGGUUCUCAGUGGAAGAAAUAUCAACAGUAGUUAUAAAAACUCUUCAGAAUGAUCCAACAUUAGCUGACAAUCUCAUUGAUGAAAAUAAAUGCAACUCAAUUUUAAAUUCUUUUUUCAAAACUACUCAAAAUAGUAAGAACUCACAACUAGCAGUAAAACUUGUUAAUGACCUCAAAGUACGAGGUGAUGUACAGUCUUUGUGUUACAUUCCUAUGGUUUGCUCAAUGGUUAUCUUAGUCUAUUGGAAAGAGGGAGGACAGUUACCGACAACACUCACCCAAUUAUAUGAGAACUUCAUCUUGCAAACUAUUAAAAAAGACAUAAAGAGGAAACAACCUGAGGCUGAUACUCGAUACAUAGUCAGCCUUGAUGAUUUACCAUUAGAGCUACCUUCUCUUUUCAAAAACCUGUGUCAAUUAGCUUACACUAAUCUUGCUGCUACAAGACUGACAUUUUCAUUACAACAAUCAAACCAGUUUCUGACUGAAGCAGCUAAGGAAGACUAUCUUGGAUUGCUGACAAAAUUUAGAGAAUGCGAUGAAGAGAAGUAUCAGUUCCUUCACUUAAGUAUUCAGGAGUUUUUAGCUGCAUGGUGGAUAGUCAAGUAUGAUAACACUGAAACAAAAUUUAAUAACUAUUUUCACAAUGAGCACUUUAAAAUGUGUCUGAGGUUUGUAGCUGGUCUAACUCAUCUUGAACAUGAGAGCUAUCAACAGUAUUUUAAUAGAGGAAUUGAUUUACAAUGUAAAAAAAAUCCACUCAGAAAAUUUGAAACCAGUCAUAAUCAUUGGUUUUAUAAAUAUCUUAAUUCUGAUACCGGUAUACUUGAUUAUGACUACCAAAUAAGAAUUAUUAAUUUAGAGGAUCUGGAGGUUCUCCUUCUUCAACUCCUUUAUGAAUCUCAAAACACUGAAUUGUGCCAAUUAUUUGCACAAUCUAUGAAAGGUAACUCACUGUGCCUUAUGUGCAACAGUGACAGACAGGUUGAUUUUAUAAAACUUGGAUUGUUUGACUGGUUGUGCCUUGGUUAUUUCAUAAGUAGCAGUGGCAUAAAAUGGAAUCAAUUAGAUUUAGGGAAAUUAUUCAACCUUCCUCAACUUAAGAUGCUGCACCUUACAUGCACAUUUGACACUGAUCUUGAUGAGACAUCCUAUGCAAAACAGAUUGAUUCUAUCCGUAGUAAUCAUCUUGUAACUGGCAGCAUGUUAGAGAGCUUACUGAAAGAAAAUAGCACAUUACAAGCUCUUUCAAUGAACAUACCCAAUCAUUGCAUUUCAUUAUCAGUGAAUGAAGUAAAAGAAAUGUCAAGAUUGACUGCUCUAGAAAUAAGUGGUAGUAUACUAAUGAACUCACUUCUUCCUUGUAUCGAAGGAUUAAAAUGUCUGAUACUACCUUUGCCGUACUCACCAUGUCUCAUAUUCAAAUCUCAUCCUAAUCUACAACAACUUACUCUACAACUGGACACAGCUAAGAGUAUCAAUGACUUCUUUACUAAUUUACAGACCAACACUACUCUUAGAGCUCUGAGGGUGGAAGUCAAGGAAGGAAGUGUUUAUACAAUCUGCAGUAUUGGUAGACAUCAUUGCUACUCCUCUGAUUAUGUACAUAGCAACACUGAUUAUAAGAAGUGUAUGAGUGCCAGUUCAUAUAUGUCUAUCAUAACUACUGGUAUCAUGCUUAACACUGGUCUACAACAGUUGAGUAUACCUGUUUUCCUUCCCAUUACUAACAAAGAAAUAAAAGAAUUUUUAACUGUCAUCUUUCAAAAGCAUAAUAUCACAGAGCUUGAAAUUCACUUCCAACUAGAUCAGACAUAUUACUUUCAAAAUGACGAAAAAAAAUAA